AGAACAGUUGGAAUAUGUUGAUGGAAUCCUUGAUCUAAAGAAAGUACUUUCUUCGUUGUUUUCGUCUUUGCUCCUGUCGUGUUUCCAUCGAGAGAAAAUGGCUUCUCAAGCAAAUGAGGAUCUCUGUUGUACAGUCUGCCAAGACACCUUUAAAGAUCCUUUUGUCCUGUCAUGCGGCCACAGCUUCUGUAAAACCUGUCUGAAGAGAUGGUGGCGAAAGAAACAAACACAUGAGUGUCCAGUUUGUAAGAGGAGAUCAUCGAGGAGUGAACCAUCUCGUAACUUGGCGUUAAAGAACCUGUGUGAGAGCGUCUCACUGGAGAGGGAUCAGAGAGCUUCAGCAGGGUCUGGGUCUCUCUGCAGUCUGCACUCCGAGAAACUCAAACUCUUCUGUUUGGACCAUCAGCAGCCAGUGUGUCUCGUCUGUCGAGAUUCAAAAACACACAGCGACCACAGAUUCAGACCCGUCGAUGAAGCUGCACAGGAUCACAGAGAGGAGCUCCGGAAAACCUUGAAGCUCUUACAAGAGAAACUGAAGCUGUUUGAACAAGUUAAAGGAAACUGUGGUCAGACAGCAGAACACAUUAAGGUCCAGGUCCGACACACAGAGAGACAGAUUAGGGAGCAGUUUAAGAAGCUCCGCCAGUUCCUACAAGAGGAAGAGGAGGCCAGGAUCGCUGCUCUGAGGGAGGAAGAGGAGCUGAAGAGUCAGAUGAUGAAGGAGGAGAUUGAGGCUCUGAGCAGAGAGAUAGCAGCUCUUUCAGACACAACCAGAGCCACAGAGGAGGAGCUGAGAGCUGAAGACAUCUCAUUCCUGCAGAACUACAAGGCUGCAGUGGAAAGAGUCCAGCAGCGCCCCCUGCCGGAUGAUCCACAGCUGGUCUCGGGAGCUCUGAUAGACGUGGCCAAACAUCUGGGCAACCUGACCUUCAACAUCUGGAACAAGAUGAAGGAGAGGGUCUCCAACACUCCUGCGAUUCUGGAUCCAAACUCUGCUCAUCCAGAACUCAUCCUGUCUGAUGACCUGACCAGUGUGAGUCAUGGAGCGAGACAGAAGCUUCCUGACAAUCCAGAGAGGUUUGACUCCUUUCACAUUGUCCUGGGCUCCGAGGGCUUUACCUCGGGGACUCACAGCUGGGAGGUGGAGGUUGGACACAGUGGAAACUGGAGAGUUGGUGUGGCCACGGAAUCUGUCCAGAGGAAGGAACAGCCACAGUCUGGAUUGUGGGGAAUAAUGUUCUAUCAAAACGAAUACACAGCAUGCUCACUACCAGGUCCAGACACUGUUGUUUCACUGAAGAAGCAGCUUCAGAGGAUCAGGGUUCAUCUGGACUGGAACAGAGGAAAACUGUCGUUCUCUGAUCCUGAUACUAACACACACAUACACACCUUCACACACACUUUUACCGAGAGGCAGUUUCCCUACUUCUGUAAUGGAAAUGGACUCCCGCUGAAGAUAUUACCAGUGAGCGACUCAACAGAAAGCAAAGUGCCCCGUAUGAGUUGGUGGCCUUUUGGUUAACCUGCGUAUCGACUAAUGCUCAGAUUA